AUGCAGCGCCUCGCAGCCGUCGUCAGCAUAUUCUCGUCUCUUCUCACGCUCAUCCACGCCGUCGAAAUCGUGUCCGGCUCGUCGUGCGACUGCUUCCUCACCAACGGCACCCAAGCCACGUACUUCGCAAACCGAAUCUUCUUCGACUUCCGCAAGCUCAACGACUACGCGGGCGUUCCCGGCGUCAUCAGCAACGCCGACGACACGCCGAAGGCGCCGCCCACGAGCGACUACUUCAAGUCCACAAGCUGGACGGCAACAUGGGCACUGCAGACCUGGACCAACUCCAGGGGCAACGGCGACGGGCUCAGGGGCGACGCGACGGUGCUCAUGAUCCACUCCCCCAACAACGUGUACAUUGAAAAGAAUGAAGACACGUCGGCCUCGUCGGCGGCCACGUUUCUGACCCUGCGGACGGCGCGACUUGCCGAGUUCCAGACGGCGGCCGAGUUCAAGAGCCGGACCGCAAACUACCACUACCUGUCGCUGCGCAUGCUCGCCAGGACAGUCGGCUCGCCGGGAGCCGUGUCGGCCGUCUUUACGUACCGCGAUGCCGAGAAGCUGGCGGACAUUCAGGAGGCCGACAUGGAGGUUCUCACGCGCGGGCCCGAGAACAAGGUGCAGUACACGAACCAGCCGGGAUACACGGACAGGGGCAGCGACGUUGCCAACGCUACGAGAAAUGCCACCCUGCCCCGUGGCCUGAAGUGGUCGGACUGGGCUGUAUACCGGCUGGACUGGACGCCGACACGGAGCGUUUGGUACGUCGACGGCGAGGAGGUUGCCAACAUUGCAUUCCAGGUGCCGCGCGACCCGGCGUCCGUCAACAUCAAUUCGUGGGGGAACGGGGGCAGUUGGAGCGGGAACAUGAGCGUCGGCACGGAGUCCAAGCUGCAGCUUCAGUGGAUCGAGAUGGUGUACAACACGACCGAGGACAAUCGGCACCGGCAGUCGAAGCGCCACGAGGCUGGGGCUGGUCGAGGACGGCCUUGGGCACCGGCGCAGUUGCUGGCGCGAGACGGCAAAAGCACGCUCUGCGGUGCAGUGUGUAGCAUCGACGAGGGCUCCCAGACAGGAGCCGUCGCCAAGCUCUGGGGCGUCAAGAACUCGUCUGUGAGGACGUCUGCGUCGUGGUGUUUUGUCGCCGUAGUGGCUGGGUUGUGCGCGGCGCUGGGCAGUCUUGCAUGA